AUGGAGUCCCUCGUAGACGUAGUGACCACAGUCUUCCAGGCUACCGUAGCCGGAGCAGUCGUCUUCACAGCAGGUUACGCCAAUAAUGAGGAGCGAGCCACGGCGAUCCAAAAGGCGGCGAGCCCUCUAUCGCGUCGCAUCUUUUUGCCUUGCUUGGUCUUUCUCACCUUGGCUGGUUCCACGUACCUCACAUGGUUCCGCAUCCUGCAGAUCGUCUGGCCUGUGCUCGUCGUCAAUAUUACCUCGCACAUCGCGUCUGUCCUCUUUGGCCUUCUUGUGAAUCGGUUCUCUAGUGCGCCGGCCUGGCUUCUGGACAAUGUCCUCUAUAACAAUGUCUCCUCUUACCCUCUGCUCAUCGUCCAAGUCCUUGGCUUUAUUUCGAGCGGAGAUGCCGGUCUGAACCACCUCGUGUGGCAUACCAUGGACUCUACCAGUGACAUCGUCUCACAUGCCGUUCUGUACAUCGUGAUCAAUCUCCUAGUGGUCGAGAUCGCCCGAUUUGUGCUCGUCCUCAUCAUUCCUCGACCCACACCUAAGCCACAGCCUCCUGCUGACGAUGAAUCCGAAGUGGAGCCCAUCGACGCGGAGGAAGCUACUGAACGAACCCCCUUGGUCAGACCAUCAGACACCAAGCCUGCUUCCAAGAUCUCUCGAGCGAGCUUGCUCUCCCCGCUCGUCAUCGCGUCGGUCUUUGGACUGGUCAUCGGUCUCAUUAAGCCAGUGCAGAGGGCCAUUUUCGGCCUCUCCAUCGAGCAGACUCGAGGCAAUUGGGCGUGGCGCUCGUUCGGCUCAGGUCUUCAGGUCCUAGCUUUAGCGUUUGUCGCUAUCGAUAUUGUUGGACAAGGAGCUGCUGUUAAAGCUGGGGAAGUCCAUCGAACUGAGGAGAGGAUUCCACCUACACUAGGAAAUGUCCUGACCGUCGUCCUCUGGCGAUAUGGUGUGGUUCCUGCCAUUGUGAUACCAAUGAUCCGAGCUUUCCAGAAGAUCCCCUCCACCAAGGCUUACCUCCAGGAUCCAGCUUUCGGCUUUGUUCUCUCCUUGACAUCCUUUGCACCACCUCUGCCCGGUUCUCUCAUGACCCCUUACUCCUCCUCGGUCCUGUUCUCGACCUUUUAUACCUCCAUCCUCGCGUCCGUCCCCAUCGCCGCGGCGGUGGCCUUUGCCGGUCGAGGCGUAUCUUAUGAGCUCAACUUUGACAUCGUUCGAGCUCUCAAGUCUGCCGGAGGCGGUGGACUGGCAGGAGCAGCGGCAAUGGUCGUUCAGGUGCUAGCGUUAAUGCCGCUACGAACUGUGAUGAACUAUCAAUAUCGCUAUGGAGGUGGAUUCAGAGACAGCGUCAAACAUCUCUGGGGAGACGGAGGAUUCAAGCGAUUCUACGCCGGACUCGGAGCAGCCAUUUUCCAAGGUCCUUUUUCCCGUUUCGGAGACACUGCGGCCAAUGCCGGUAUUCUCGCCUUGCUCGACUCGCUGACUUGGCCUGUGCUCGUCAAGACUGUCGCUGGAUCUGUGGCGGCUGCUUGUUUCCGGAUGGUGUUAACGCCCAUCGAUACGCUCAAGACGACCCAACAGACCAAGGGCGGCAAAGCUGGUCUCAAAUUGCUUCGCGAUAGAGUCAAGGAGAAGGGCAUCGGCUGUUUGUGGUACGGCGCCUUGGCCACGGCUGCAGCGACAUUUGUCGGAAACUAUCCAUGGUUCGGUACUUACAAUUUUCUUCAAGAGGCUUUGCCCGUGGCGCACACCAUCGUGCAAAAGCUCUUCCGUCAAGCAUUCAUCGGCUUUGUCGCAUCCGUCGUUUCUGACACUGUUAGCAACUCGUUACGAGUCGUCAAGACCUAUCGACAAGUACACGAAGGUGACGUCCCGUACAUGACCGCCGCCAAGGAGAUUGUCGCAUCUGAGGGUCUCAUUGGGCUCUUUGGCCGUGGAUUGAGGACGAGAAUUUUGACCAACGGUCUUCAAGGACUUUUGUUCAGUGUUCUAUGGAAAUUAUUCGGCGACCUCAUUGCCAACCACGGCAAGUAA